AUGGUUUUAGCUGAUUUAGGUUCUAGGUUAAGAGGUGCUUUAUCAGUGGUAGAACUGGGUACCAAUGAUGAAAUUCAACAAAUGUUAAAAGAUAUAUGUUCUGCUUUGUUAGAAUCUGAUGUUAAUGUUAAAUUAGUUGCAAAAUUAAGAAAUAAUAUUAAAAAUAAAAUCGAUGAAUCAAAUAUACUUAAGGAGUCUUCAUCUAUAAAUAAAAAGAAGAAAUUACAAAAAAUUAUAUUUGAUGAAUUAUGUGCUUUAGUUGAUUCAAGUAUUGAACCUCCAAAACCUAAAAAAUUAUCCGAUAAAACAAAAACUAUAAAUGGUAAAAAAGUUAGAGUUUCAAAAGAAUCAAGUCAUGUAAUUAUGUUUGUUGGUUUACAAGGUGCUGGUAAAACUACAUCUUGUACUAAAUUGGCAGUAUAUUAUAAAAAAAGAGGGUUUAAAGUUGGUUUAGUUUGUGCUGAUACUUUUAGAGCUGGUGCUUUUGAUCAAUUAAAACAAAAUGCUAUAAAAGCGAAUAUUCCAUAUUAUGGCUCUUAUUUAGAACCAGAUCCUGUUAAAAUUGCUUAUGAAGGUGUUUCAAAAUUUAAACAAGAAAAAUUUGAUAUUAUAAUAGUUGAUACUUCUGGUAGACAUCGACAAGAAGAACAAUUAUUUACUGAAAUGGUUCAAAUAAGUGAAACGGUUCAACCUACUCAAACUAUAAUGGUUAUGGAUGGUUCUAUAGGUCAAGCUGCUGAAUCUCAAGCAAAAGCUUUUAAAGAAAGUUCAAAUUUUGGUUCAAUUAUAUUAACAAAAAUGGAUGGUCAUGCAAAAGGUGGUGGUGCUAUAUCGGCUGUUGCAGCAACAAAGACACCUAUAGUUUUCAUAGGUACUGGUGAACAUAUUGGAGAUUUGGAAGUUUUUAAACCAACUACAUUUAUAUCUAAAUUAUUAGGUAUUGGUGAUAUACAAGGUUUAAUAGAACAUGUACAAUCAUUAAAUCUACAUCAAGAUGAAGGUCAUAAACAAACUAUAGAGAAUAUAAAAGAAGGUAAAUUUACUUUAAAAGAUUUUCAAAAUCAAAUGAAUAAUUUUUUAAGAAUGGGUCCAUUAACUAAUAUAGCUUCAAUGAUACCUGGUUUAACAAAUAUAAUGUCACAAGUUGGUGAAGAAGAAACUUCAAAUAAAAUAAAAAAUAUGAUUUAUAUUAUGGAUUCAAUGACAACAAAAGAAUUGGAAAGCGAUGGUAGAAUAUUUAUAAAAGAACCUUCAAGAAUUAUAAGAGUUGCUAGAGGUUCAGGUUGUGCAGCAGUUGAAGUUGAAAUGAUUUUACAACAACAUAGAAUGAUGUCAACAAUGGCCAAAUCAGCUAUGGCUGCUCAAGGUCAACAAGGACAACCCGGUGCACCUGGUGCUAAUCCACAAUUUCAAAGAAUGAUGCAACAAGCACAGUCUAAUCCUAAUUUCAUGCAACAAGCAAUGAGUAUGCUAGGUGGAGGAGGAGGUGGUGGUGCUGGUGGUUUAUCAAAUAUGAUGAAUCCACAGAUGAUUCAACAAGCUCAACAAAUGAUGAGACAAAAUCCACAAAUGGCACAACAAGCGCAACAAAUGAUGCAAAAUCCAGGGAUGAUGCAACAAAUGAUGAGACAAUUUAAUAUGUAA